AUGAGUAACGGAUUUUACCGAAAGGCAGAAAAUGGCCCGGACGGAGGCCUAGACGGCCGAUUUUUGGAUCGAGACCGGUGCCAAUGGGGCGAAGCCCAAUUGGCGCGACGUUCUCCUCAGAACGAGGAUCGCGGGCAUAUGCUGUGGGCUGCACGAUUCAUCCGACACGAAAAAAAAUGGCCCGGACGGAGGCCUAGACGGCCGAUUUUUGGAUCGAGACCGGUGCUAAUGGGGCAAAGCCCAAUUGGCGCGACGUUCUCCUCAGAACGAGGAUCGCGGGCAUAUGCUGUGGGCUGCACG